CAUCAUCAUUGUGACAUCGACUCAUUUGCCACAGUGACACAGUCCAAUAUUGUUUAUAAAAAAAAAUAUCUAAAGAGAUAGGUAAGUACAUCCCGGAAGGCAUAAUAUUUUAUACGUCCAACACGCACGCAAAAGAAGCACGAGGAAAUCGUGCCGAACUUAUAAGUUUUGAAAUUCGGUCAUUAUCGUGUUCUCGUCUCCCUUCUCCCUUACCACGACGGCGGACGGCCCCCACUCAUCGAAUAUUUUCAUCUUUCUCCUUUGACGCGUCUGGUCUGGCAAGAGGGAACAACAGAAUCUAAGCGGCUAACCAGACAGGACUUGCAAUAAAGUGUACAACGUAACCCGCAGUGAGAAAAACGUGAACAGGUUGUGUGUGAUAGACGGAAACGAAAACAAAAAAAUCGAAACAAAACGGACGGAUUUCAUCUCGGGACGUAAGUACAUAAUUACGUAACAACGGUCAACGGUACCAACUACCUAAGUGUUACCGAACAUUAGUGAUCAGGCACGCACGGCGACCGACCUGCCGCCGCCGAUCCACUGGCGUCCGAGUUUAUAAUAAUAAAAAAACAACAGUUCAGCCGAAUUAGCGACAGGAGCAUCGCAUGCAAUUUAAAAUUCAAAUGCUAAUUUCAGUGUCAAGUUGAAGGCGUCGACGAAAUCCGUCAUCGUUGCCUCAUUAUUUUCCUUAUAUUGGAACAACUUUAAUCACUAUGCCUCCAUACAAUUCUGUAAAAUGUUUACAAUCUUUAGCAUUAGAACAGGCGUGCAAAUACAUAUUAAACAUAUCUAACAAUAUGAAAAAAGAUGUGAAUGGUUCACGUGAAUAUUUUAUUAAUAAUGUACAUGCUUGGGCUAGAACCAACAUCUUGAACUAUACCAAAGUUCUAUUGGAUAAUGGUGAAAAGGAUAAUGAAAUUUGGAGCGAACUGAACUGUUUAAUGAUUGAUACAAAUCCAUACAUAAAAAUAUUGAGUGUUAAACUUAGCAUGUGGUUAAUAAUAUUAAACGCCCUGUUGGACAUUGGAGUCGCUCGAUUACCACCUUUAUUUCUUCACGCAGGUAUGGAAGCAGAAUUCCAAGAGUUUGUUUCUAUAUUGAACCGUAACAAUACUCAUCUCAAAGAACUGUCUGUGACCUUUCUAAUGUCAAGUAAAAAUAAUUACACACCAGCAGUGUACACUUCAAUGUAUAACCUUCAGAAAACAUUUCAUGAAGGUCUAGCAUCAAAACUUGUUCAUCUAAAGCUUGGUGCUAUUUGUGAUAAUGCAAUAUUGAAAACUAUUGGUGAACAUGCCUUAUGUUUAAAACAUUUAGAUGUAUCUGGUUCAUGGAAUGUCGAUGAAGCAGGCAUUAAACAUCUGUUGUUUAAAAACGAUGUGUAUGUGGAGACAAUCAACGUAUCAAAUGAAAUACUAUGUAAACAUCUCAGCCAUAUGUAUGACAAUAAGUCUUUGUUAAAUAACUGUUGUUUUACUCUGGAAGAAUUCCGGAUUCAGGAUACAAAUACGGAAGAUGCGAGUUUACUGAUGAUACUUGCAUGUGUCAAGAGCCUAAAAGCCUUAGGUGGUUUCCUUUACUUCAGGAACAUUGGUGAUGCUUUGGUAACUGUAUGGGAAAACUCUCCCAAGCCACGCAUAUUCCAGUUGACUGAGUUGUAUGAUAUGCAGUUGACAGGCAAAAAAAUAGCCUCACUCAAGGAAUGCCUACCAUAUCUAAAAAAGCUGUAUACUCGACUGUCAUGUGUCUGUACACCUGAAGAUUUUGCAGAUCCUGAACAGGGAUCUAUGUUUUGGGGCCGCGUACAAACACUAACUAUUGAUCUUGAUUACAUGAUGAAUUUUCAUUUUAUCAACUUUGUGUUUAACUAUGGUCGUAACUUAUCUGAACUCACUAUUCUUGAUCAGGAAGCUGAUAUAGAUGUGGCCAAACUCCUGGCAAGUUGUCCAAAUCUAUUAGUUUUGAAAGGAUUUUUACAUAUUUUUGAAAUGCCAGUUGGAAAAUUUACCAAACUGAAAUCAAUUGAAUUACACAUGCCUACCGUUGAAACAAUUAAUUGGUUUUUCGAAAACUGUCCUUGUUUAGAAGAAGCCAAGCUAUAUAGUGAUUCAAGACACCUAUAUUGGAAUACACAAGUGUUUGAGAGACCACCACUAAUAAUGUGCAAUAAUCUUAAAAGAUUGGAGAUUUCGUUCAACGAUGAACACCCUAUUACUAACCACCAAACAGUUAUAAAAUUUAUUGAAAAGUGUUCAAAACUUCAACAUUUGGGACGACUAGACAAAUGGAACCUCGAUAAUAAAUUUGUAAAACAAGUAAAACUGUAUGUAAAAAAGAUGAACUACGAGCUUAACGUUUACUAGACAAUAAUAUAUAAAUUUGUUGAUAAGACUGAUAUACUAGAUCUUAAAUUAUGUUUAGACUCCUUUUCUCUUGUUAACUCCCUCUAUGACAUUGUAAGGUAUUUUUAUACUAGCUGUAUAUUUAAAAACUUUAAGUGUGUACUUUUUAACCUCACUGUGAUGUAUUUUGAAAUUAAUGGUAUAACAACUAAUUAUGUAUAUUUUCAUAAUAAUAAUAAUAAACUUAUAUAAUAUUGUAAAUUCUAGACAAAUUUGUUAUUGAAAAAUAAAAUAAACAUUGUAUGUAAUAAUAUAUA